UUUAUUCGUCUUUUAAAGAAUGCUUCUUGAAGUUAGCACAGCAGCUGGCAAGUUGAGAGGAAAGGAAAGUUGUCUAGCAAAGUAGAAACGUUGACGUUACUUUUUAACCUAUGAAUUUACAAGACACAUUUUGAGGCUGAUUCCUGCUAAUAGCUAAUUUUUUGUUGCAUUAUUUUAGCCCACUCACACACUGUUUAGCUUGUUUAAAUUAGAGUUAGGUUAGCUAGUAUCAUUAGCGUUAUAGUUAGCUAGCUAGCUAUGUAUACAGAGCUCAACAGUAUCUUGAACACCACUCCCGACAGCUUCACACAGGGGGAAUUCGUCUUGCUCUCAGACAGAAAGAGUGAUGCUUCUUUCCUCAUUCACCACUUCCUCUCGUUGUACCUACGAGCACGCUGCAAAGUGUGGUUUCUGGGUCUGGUGCAGUCCUUCAAUCAUUACAGUGCAAUCAGUCAAAGACUGGGCGUCAGCCUAGUACAAGCCAAGGAAAAGGGUCAGCUGGUUUUCCUAGAGGGACUAAAUGAGUCGCUGUCUGUUUUGAUUCCUCAAGAAACUGACACAAGAAGUCAAGCCAUGGGCUUCCUCAGUGAUCCUGCUGUUGGCCUUAAGAGCCUGUUUGAGUUUGUCCGGUCCAGUGUCACUAGUUCUGGUGACGGGGAAGUGGAGGCAGAUGGACCAGAGGAGUGGGGACCGCCGGUGUUGCUGGUGGAUGACCUCAGCGUGCUGCUGAGUCUGGGGGUGAGCGUUGGAGCCAUGCUGGACUUCAGCCACUACUGCCGAGCCACCAUCUGCUCGCAGCUACAGGGCAAUGUGGUGAUGCUGGUACGCUGUGACGGGGAAGAAGAAGAGGAGGAUGAUGGAGAUGAUGAAGGCUCAGAGAGACUUCUGAAGGGCCUGACCCACCAGUGUAGCCUCACUCUUCAUGUUCAGGGUCUCCCCACUGGCUUCUGCAGGGACAUUCAUGGCCAGGUGGAAGUGUGUUGGAGGAGGAGACAAGGUGAUGGGCCGUACACACAGAAGAAACUCUUUCAGUACAAGGUCCAUGAUAAAGGAGUCUCCUUCUUUGCUCCGGGGACGUCCAGCGCUGUUCUCUAGUUGCACCUUUCAACAUCCUUGUUUGCCUUUUGUCUCUUUUAAAUGUGACAACUGACAAUCCACAUGUUGGGUGUUUAGCUAGGUUGGUAGUUGGUGAACUGGACAAAUUUACCAACUACAGCCAGGCUCGCUGCUGUCAACGACCCAGCCUGGACCCCAGACUGUCUGGAGGAAGGACACUGUGAUUGUGCCAGCCCCUCUGCCUACUUCUCACUUCACUUUCCCCUAGCUAUUCAAAUAAGUCAAAUGAAAACAAAAUGACAGUUGAGUCGGAUUAUCAGGCGCGUCUGCUGAAGGUGUGUCUAAAGACCCAUGCUGUUGUCAAUAUUUGGUUAUAAAGUGAAUCUGUUUCUGUGUGUUGCAAGGGGAACUUAGAUGCACUGCUAUAAGUGCAGAUUGUUUUACAUUUGUGAUGGUAAGUGGGCAUUCACAAGCAAUGGACUGACUGCUAGUUUUACUGUAGACCAAAAAAGAACAUACAUUGGUCACAUGGACGGUUGGUGUUCAGCCGACAGAAUAAAAAUGAAUACAUAGGUGAUAAUGUCCACCCAGAGUCAUCUUACCACUGAAUGGACCUUGGUUGAAUAAAAUCUAUUGCCAUAGACGGUAUA